UUAUACAUCUUUUGAGGAUGGUUCAUACUUAAAUACAUACUAUUGUUGAGUGUAUUUAUUCAAUUGUCGUACAAUACAAUAUAACUAUUAAUAGAACGUGUAUUCUUCCUACAAGAUGAUCGUAUACGUCAAUGGGCAAGACAUACUAUUGUGACUAUUGUGACAGAUCUUUCAAAGAUGAUGUCGAAGCUCGUAAAAAGCAUCUAUCCAGUAUGCAGCACAUGACAAAUCGAGCGAGUCAUUACAGCACAUUUAAAGAUCCAGAAACGAUAUUAAAAGAAGAAUACUGCAAAACUCCAUGUAAACGCUAUAUGACUAUUGGAGACUGUGCGUUUGGUUCUGGUUGUCGAUUUUCGCAUUACACACCACCAAUGAUAUGGGAACUUCAACAGCUUGCUGCGAUGAAAAAGUCCAAAGCUUCAAUGGCUCAACCUAAGGAUGGCUGGCCAAAUUCAGAAGAUAUUAUCAAGGAAUAUUUUGAGAAUGUAAUCGACUCGAGCGACACUGAGGAUCUUAAUCAUUUGAUGUGGAACACACCAUCAAAAUUAAUCGAUUAUCCUUAUUUACCACCUUCUUUGCAGCCCAUCAUGUCCGAAAGAAUGAUGGACUGCAAUUUUAGUAAAUGGGGUUGAAAUAUUGAUUUUAGAAAUUCUAAAAAUAAACAUAUAUUGAUAAUUCCUAUCGUGUCACUCCUCGGAGUGACGAUUCCAAAUUGUACAUUUAUCUCAUCAAGCUUCGAACUAAACGACGCGUCACCGGCGUUGCUAUCAUUCGAAUCAGAAAGAAACCUGAGAGUAUCAUCAUAUUAGCAAACCUUUUUCGUUUAUACCAAUGUAGCAAUGUCCAUUUUUGUAAUAUAGGAUCUAUGUACUAUGGUUAUUUUAUGAAAUUGUCGAUAAAAUCAUGGUGUCGAAAAUGAAUAUGAAGCAUGUCGAUAUUAAAAAGAGCCAAUCUUGGCAGCUCUUAUUAAAGUCUCUUUUAUCAAUUCCAAUUAACGUGGUCAACUCAAUAAUCGCGAUUGUUAGAAUUAAACUAUUUAUCUCAGAAGAAAAAGAGAGAGAAGAUAUUCUGAUACAUUAGAAUUCCGUUCCGUAACAAGUUUCUUUAGCAGUUCCAUGUAGUCGGAAUGGAACGAAAGUCGCGUCGGUCGCAAGUUAAUUUGCUUGAUUUGAUCGAUAUUUCAUUAUUUAAAUAUUGAUUUACAGCUAAGCAGACCGCUGAGAAGAUGACUCAAAUAAUCGAAAUACGUAUAGUAUAUUGUCAUAUAUAGAAUUUGAAAUCGUGAUUAAUUGUGAGAAUAAAUUAAUAAAGCUAGAUAAGCUAGAUAAAGCUCAAGUCGUCAGGUCCACUAUGUGAACAAUACUAUGAACCUUCCACAGAUAUUGCAUCCCGGGUUCGUCUGUUAUUCACUGCAAAUAUUGAAAAUCUAUAGUUC